AUGCCGCAAACAGCAAGAAUUCCGACCGCUCUAUGGGAAGCUCAAAGGGCACGCAUAACUGAGCUGUACGCCGAUCAACACAAGACUCUCGACGAGGUUAUCCAGAUCAUGGCGGAAUCUGGCUUCCAUGCUACGAAGGCCCAAUACAUUCGCAAACAUGCAAGCGCUUUAGUCGAGAAGCGUCAGGCAGAGGGAAAAUUAACGAAACUCAGCAUUAAUGGCAAAGUUAUCUCGGAGAAGAGGCGAAAGAAAGCACUGAGAAGAUACCGCGUUUCGCAGGUUGAAGAAGAAUUCGCUAAUACUACCGCCUGUGGGGUGGUUGCUUGUACACCGCCAUCUUCGAACUCCAGGGUCGUUCUCAUCAACGGCCUCCCCUGGCUGAAGUUCCGAGAAAGCCUCAACAGUCUAAUUGAGAGUCGAACACCACUAUUCAGUCCAAACCAACAAAAUGGGACACUUGACUUCUGGGAAGUGGCAAAUAAAUUGCUAUCCAGCGUCCAUACCACCGGGAAAAUGAUUACUGGAAGUCUCCCAUUGCCAGAGCCACCAAGACCUGUCUCCGACAAUCUUUCGAAACACCUUGACGUAGAAGGAGAGCGGCUGUUUAAACUGGUGCCAAUGUUGGAUAAUCCUCUGGAAAUCGUCCAACACCAAGAGCCACCAUGGUUAAAUAUUUUCAACUCGCUGGUGUUUCUUUGCUCCAAUAAUAUGAUGGAAACCAAAAGCUCCGCCUACGAGCUUCUCCAGGUCGCCAUCUCGAGUGGCUUUCUCAUUAAGAUGAAGCGUUUAUUUGCAAUGAGUGUACCGACACUCGAAAUAUUUGCAAGACACCUUCUGUUUGUGGCGCUCCGAGUUCAAGGAAGCAAAGGAAUAGAGCUCCUGCAUUUCUUACUCGAGUCUGGGAUCAGUCCCAAUAGCAUUGAUCCAAAUGAUUGCAGAUACUCUGCGCUUCAAAGAGCCGUACAAGAAAAGAACCGGGACGCCGUUCAACUCCUCCUUCAAAUUGACGCCGAUCCAAAUGGAAAAGUACAAUGCACCGGAAACUUCACUCCCGAGAGCCCUCUCAAUAACGCCCUGAACCGGGAUGGUGAUGGAGAAAUCGCAAAAAUGUUAAUUGAAUCAGGGGCAGAUGUCAAUUUCGGAUUUGACAAGCCUUUGAUCAAAGCUGUCAAUUAUGGGGACUUGGCCCUCGUAAAACUCAUGUUGGAAGCUGGAGCAGACCUAAAGAUGCUUCCGGCAGAAGGUCUUUGGAUGAUAUACUCUGCAAUCAAACGUCAGGAAUUGAGUCUGGUCAACAUAUUGAUUGAAGCGGGAGUGAGCCCGAACUUAGUGAUCGACAAACUUGACGAUAAGGAUAUCAAGUGUCUGGAACAAGAGUUAGGCUCUUUCAACACGAACGGUAUUAGGACGCCUCUCCAUUACGCAAUAUCUUUUCGCGAUGUUGGAAUCGUCAAGCGUCUUAUCAAAGGCGGCGCAGUCCUGGACAUAUUCAUCGAUCCAAGAAUGCUUAAGAAGACGAACAUAACUCUGCCCACGAAUGAAAUAUUGACUCCUCUUCAGAUGUCAAUCCAGGAGGAUGAGCAUGAAAUCACCAAAAUCUUGUUGGAUGCAGGUGCAGGCGUUGACUUCCGACAUCCAGCUACUGGGACCGCACUGCAGUUAAUAUGCAGCUCAGAAAUGGAGGAAGGAGAGAAGAUAGAGUUUACUGAAGUCUUAUUGGCAAAGGGGGCGGACAUCAACUCUCUGCCUGGCGAGUCUGCAGGGAGAACCGCAAUGCAGGCCGCGGCAGAAUCUGGGAAUCUUGACCUCCUAAAGCUACUUUUGACGAGAGACGGCAAUCCCUUUGCCUCUGCCGCUAAGAAAGAUGGGUUGACAAUUUUCCAAGCCGCAUUGAAGUCGCGAUCUGCUAAGCUUGUGACCUACGUAUUGUGGGAACUCGGGAGUCACCAUGGAUGUCUCAGUAUCCUCGAUGGAACGAACUAUCUAGAGGAAGCAGUGUCAACAGGCGACAGGCGAAUACUAGAUAUAAUAAUGGAGUUCUGGAGUUGUCAUGGGCUACGUUGGCCGAGAGAGUUCGUUUCAUCGGCCAUAAAAGCCGCCAUCCGGGAUGGCUUCACGCACUUUAUUCAUGUUCUCGACACUGCCUCAUUUGCCAUCCCCGAAGAAAAUGCCAACUCUAUGAUUUGCGAAUCUAUCCGGAAUGGUAACAAAAGAACAUUCGAUUGGCUGAUAGAAUGUUUCGCCGGGGCCGAGUUGGAUCUUGCCCAGCCUGGAUGUCCAACAUCUCUUUGGCUAGCAAUGCACCAAGGGGAGUAUUAUAUGGCGGAACAUUUACUCAAUGCUGGCGCCAAUUCCAACAAACCAUCACUGGUAGUAUGUCGCAACUUAUGUCAUCAUGAUACCGGAACCGAAAUGCCAUUAAAGCAGGCAAUAUGUCGAUUCGAUAACAAGUUCAUAGAAUUACUCACUAACAAUGGAGCAAACAUACAUUGCUUAGUUGAUGGCAGCCUAACACCGCUUCUCGUUUCUCUCGAGAUGAGAAAUGAGGAUGCUGCCAGUUUUCUUCUCUCAAAAGGAGUAGAUCCAAAUGUGGUCGGCAUAUCCGGUACAUGUACCGCUCUUGGGCUUGCUCUUGAAAAGGUUGUCUCGCUCUCAACCGUCCAGUUACUUAUUCAACGUGGUGCAGAUGUUAACAGGCCUUCCAUGUGGGGUACGCCACUUGAACAAGCCGCACGAGACUCUCGGCAAAAUGAUCAUUUCGAGAGAUGCCGAUUACUUCUGGCAGCAGGCGCCGACGUCAAUGCUUCUACCGGAAGCACUGCACUGGAAAUAGCAGUCACCAGAAAUAUGCUGGGGCUGGCUAAGCUCCUGAUUGAGGCAGGCGCAGAUGUCAAUGUACCAAAAGCUGGUACGACAGCACUUGAAGUGGCGGUUCAUAAUGACAACACAGAUCUGGCAACACUUCUUGUCGAAGCUGGCGCCAGCUUGAACACUUCCUCGGUUCAAACCAGUGCACUCAAAUUGGCUGUCAGCAAUAAUAACCUGGAACUCGCCGCACUCCUCCUUGCAAAAGGCGCUGAUAUUAAUGACUCGACAGUGGGGGCUACUGUACUUCAGAGGGCGGCCAAUCUAGGUAACUUGGAAUUGGUAAAGCAUCUCAUUGAUCGAGGUGCCGAUGUUGACGCAACAGCCCCUGGAAGUUUCGCAACAGCUCUUCAGUUCGCCGCGAUGAAUGGCAGCAUUGAGAUCGUUAAGCAUCUAGUCAAACAUGGGGCCUCGAUCAAUGCAGAAGUUAGUCCUUACUACGGUGCAACAGCUCUCGGGCUUGCAGUUGCCCAUGGCCAUACUGAAUCAGCCAUAUAUCUGAUCGAAAAAGGAGCUUCAAUCGACAAAUGUCCCUCUGCCGAUGGUGCAACGCUUCUUCAGUUCGCCGCAAAGCAUGGGAAUCACGAAAUUGUGACCUAUCUGGUUGAAAACGCAAUGGCAGUCAAUGCAGAACCCGCGACUAAAAGAGGGGCAACCGCUCUUCAAUUUGCGGCGAUUAAUGGUAAUAUCAAGAUGGCUAUUUUCCUUGUCGAGAACGGGGCUCGCGUCAGCGCCAAAGGAGCAGAGGUUGAUGGGAGAACUGCACUUGAAGGAGCGGCAGAACACGGCCGACUUGACAUGGUCCAUCUUCUGUUGGACAACGACGAAGAACCUGACACGAUUGAGGAAAGGUGUUGUUAUGCAGCAAAGUUUGCAGAGGCUCAAGACCAUGACGUGAUUGCUAGGAUAUUGAGGAACUACAAGAGGCCGUGA